ACAUGUUUUAGUAAAUUAAAAAUCUGUUUAUACAGCGUAUUAUCAUUUUGAAGUGGUUACUUAAAAAAAAAUUUUGUUCGUUGACUUGCAAUCGGUUCAAGGUUAGUUUAAACAACUUUGGAAAUAAAAACUGGAAAUAAGUUAUGAAAAUUAUAAAUAAUGCAAUGGAGAAUGCGGCGCAAGGUUUAAUUUCUGAAAUAGAAUUCGGCGGGAAUCAUUCUGCGUGCGAAACCACAAGUGAAAAUUUGACAACAUUACCAAAACCGUUGAUUUGGGAUGGUAGCGGAAAUAUACUUUUCAAUGAAGACCACAAAGCUUUAACUCGCAGUCCCUCUAACAGAUCUAUACAAUCUAUACCUGGAAAUGAAAAUCCUCCUGCACGAGAUGUUCGUUUCCAAAGAAGUCUUUUUGCACGAAAGAAAUCGUCAUCGUUUUGUGCGCAUGAUUUAUAUAAAGAAUCGACGUCAAAAAAAUACGACAACAGAAAUAGGUCAAAGAGCGGUAAUCUACCUGAACAGAAAAGCGAUGAAUCAAUGUCAAAACUCAAACACCAAAAUUCAUUUGAUGAGCUACCCAGAAAAUCUAUAGACACCCAAUUGAAUGGUCAUCAUGCAAUCGGUCAAAAUGCACUGAGAGAUAAAUUAAUACUGCAGUUUAAUGGCCUUAGAGAAAGUAACACCUUAGUAACAAAUUCAGCACCGUGUUCACCAGGACAAUCAGUUGCACAUCCUGCACUUCUUAAAUUAGCGGGGGAAACAGAUGAAGAUGCUAAAGUCAGAAAAGAAGCUUUAUUAUCAAGAGAUCGAAUGCGUAAUUCUACUGUGGUUCAAAUACCAAGUGCAAGUAUACAAAUGGAUCUUCAUACUUUGUAUCUGGAUAAAAUUAACCAGCAAAACAAAGGGAUUCCAGGUUCACCCAAGUUAAGAAAUCAAACAAUUUUUAUAGACGAAGAAAACCAAAAGAAAAAUGGUGGAAAAUUUGCACUAAUAAAACAAAAGUUGAAACGAGAAGACUCUUUGACAGGAAACAAUGAAGUUGAUGACUUUAAAGGUCUUCUUGCACACAUACGCAGUAACCUUUGUGAGGCAAGUGAGCAUGACCUCUCUGUUUAUAAGGGAAGUCACUGGUCAACUGUCAAUAGUGGAAAUGUCAUAAACAGUAAUGAUGGAGUUGAUAAUGAGCGAUUUGAAGCACUUUGGGAGUUGUUUUAUGCUGAAAUUACAUACCUUAUGGACCACCUUAUUGUUUUGAAUGAUGUUUUUGCAAAACAACUACAGCAUGCAAAAGGAUUUGGAUUUCUUACAGAAGUUAAUGAAAGUACACUGUUUGCAAAUUUAGAUUCACUUAUUGAGGCAACUUCAGAAUUUGCAAAGCGCCUAAUAAAAAUAUUCCAAGAUUGUCAAUCUGUACUAACUGCAAGUACAAAAAAUAUAGUAGAAGCUUUUAGAGAGUUUGACAAACUUCUUACACCACAAUAUAAUGAAUACUGUUUGAACUAUCAAAGAGCAAAAACUCAUUUGGAAAAUUUGAAAAGGAGUGAAAUGUUUUUAACAUUUUUAAAGUGGUGUGAGCAAGAUAAUAGAUGUCAAAGGCUUCGACUGGAAGACUUCUUAGUUGCACCACUGCAGCAUUUAACUAAAUAUCCACUUCUUUUAAAAGCCAUACGUAAAAGAACACCUAACCAUGACAAACACACAUUUCUUCUAUCAACAACUAUUAUAAACAUAGAAAACUCAAUAAAAUCAAUAGAGAAAAAAUACUCUGCUUUAGUAAAUCUUCAAAGAAUUCAAGAAAUUCAUGAAUCAUUAGCAUGGCCAGUUAUUGUUGAUCCUGAUAAAACUUGUUUUCUACCAGAAUCUGUCAAAAGUGUUAUUGCAAGUAGCCACUGUGAAAACAUACUGAUGAAUCCUAAUCGUGUAUUAAUACAAGAAGGAAUUCUUACUCUAGCUGAUAACAAUAAAACAGAAUUCUAUACAUUUCUUUUUGAUGACAUGUUGAUGUUUACAAAGUUUAGGAAAAAAAACAAGAGACGAAGUGGUAGCGCAUCUGAUGAAAUUAAAUCAUUUGAUAUGUCCAGGAGAAGGUUUCCAACUUGGGAGCCCACAUCUGCUCAAUACACUGUUUAUAAGCAGCCUAUCCCUCUAGAUCGGCUGCGAUUAUAUAAUUGUGACGAACAGUCUCUUCCUGUUAAAAAUGCUUUCUGUGUUUUACACUACAAUCGUUAUCAUCAGCCGGUAUCAGCAUAUACUUUAAUAUCACCCUCACCAGAAGAGAAAAAAAAUUGGAUGAAAAAUAUAGAAAUGGCUAGCGAUAAAGUUAACAUAGAAAUUUCUAACACUGCUAAAGAACAUUCCUCUGAUGAAGAAUACAUGCUAUAACAAAAAAACUCUUUAUUAUAGUGAUCCAAAUGUUUCAUUACGAAGGAUGUUUUCAAAAAAACAAAAUUGAUAUCAAAGAAUUUUUAACAGAAAUAUGUGUAGUUAAAGGCAUGUUGUCAGAAAUAUCAUCGAUCAUCUUGUUUGAUCGCCGCUCAUGUUUAAUAUAAAUUGUAAUUUUGUACAUAUAAAAAUUGUUUAUAUAUUUUUAGAUGAAUAUUUUAUAAAUUUAUUUGCUUAUAAAAACCAACAUUUCGAAAGAAAAUAAA